CGCCUCUCCCACAAGGCAGCGCGCCGGGCCAACGCGGCCGGCUCCGGAGCCCUUUGUGAGGGUGGCGGGCUGCGCCAGACAGCGGCACCAUGAGCGGCUCGGGCGGGGCGUCGACAGCGUCCGUCAGCUCCGCGCCGCCCGCGCAGGAGGAGGGCAUGACGUGGUGGUACCGCUGGCUGUGUCGCCUGUCGGGGGUGCUGGGGGCCGUCUCCUGCGCCAUCUCGGGCCUCUUCAACUGCGUCACCAUCCACCCUCUGAACAUCGCGGCCGGCGUGUGGAUGAUCAUGAACGCCUUCAUCCUGCUGCUCUGCGAGGCGCCCUUCUGCUGCCAGUUCAUCGAGUUUGCCAACACGGUGGCGGAGAAGGUGGACCGGCUUCGCUCCUGGCAGAAGGCCGUCUUCUACUGCGGGAUGGCCAUCGUCCCCAUCGUCAUCAGCCUGACCCUGACCACGCUGCUGGGGAACACCAUCGCCUUCGCCACUGGGGUGCUGUACGGACUCUCGGCUCUGGGCAAAAAGGGCGACGCGAUCUCCUAUGCCAGGAUCCAGCAGCAGAAGCAGCAGGCUGAUGAGGAGAAGCUCACGGACACCCUGGAGGGAGAGCUGUGAGGCAGGUCAGGUGACCCGCUCCUUCCUGCUCGCCCCUCGGACUCUGUGUGAGCACGGCCUGCAGGGAUGAGGCCUGGAGCGUUGGCCCUGGAGAACAGCCUGGAAGAGGAGCCUUUGCCUAGCUCCUGUCCAGCCCCCUUACACCUGUCCCUACACCUGGAAUCCUCCUCUGUCUUCCCUCUCUCCAGAUCUGUGUCUCCUGCCCCGGGCCUUGGCCAGCAGCAAGGAGACUGGCGGUGGCAGCAGGCAGGCAGCGUGGGCCUCCGGGUGACCCAGGCCGCAGGACUGGAGGCAGAGCGGAGCCCACAGUGGCUGCGCACGGGUGGCCCGCCUGGCCCCGCCCCUCGCAGCUGGCCCGGCUCCGCUGGAAGCAGGCUGCCGGGUGGGUGUCCGGACUCACACCGCUCGCAGGGCCGCAGGGCCAGGAGGAGCUUCCUGGGGGAUGCCGGUCCUGGCGUGAGCUGGGAGGCACGGCAACCUGGGCAGGGGUGGGGUGAGCCUCCUGUGGCUCUCCCUUGGGGCAGGGCAGCAUGCUGCCGCCCCCGGCCUCGUCCCGCUGCCCAGGCCCCUCCCUGCUGCUCUGCUCUCCGUGGGAGCCCACGGCAGUCCCGGGAUGCUCCUCGAGUGCCCAGAGCAGCGGCUGGCUGGCUGGCUAGGGAGCUUCCUUCCCCAGUUCCCGGGAACCUCGGACAGGCCAGUCCGGGACGCUUGUCAUGGGUCCUCCCCCACGGCCCCCAAGGGCCCGGUGCCAAGGAAGCACGGAGGGCAGGCUCUCCCCUUCCCCGUGGGGCCGCUCGUCCACCUGUCUGUGUGCCCCUGCCGUGUCGGCCGUGGCCGGAGCCCAGGCAUCAGGGCCGAGCUCUGCCCACCUCCGUAUUCCUGCUGGCCUGCCCCCUACUCUGGUCUCUGAGGGGCUGGGCAGGGGCCAGAGCCGCCUCCACCACCGCGAGCUGUGCGCACCGGGUGCCUGGCCCGUGUGGGGGGCCUGAGGAAGCCGCCCUGGCGGGGAUGCGCACUGUCACCCCGGCCUCCCUCCAUCCACUGUUCCUGGUGUCCCCUGUGUGUUUCUCCCUCGGCCCGCUGCCUGCCCCGCCAGCCCGACCGGCGCCCAGCUGCCAGGCGUGUCUGGUGGGGCCUGGCUGAGCCUGGGCGGUGCUGGGAGAAAUGGGCUGGUGUGGAAAAGGCUCCGUCUGGGGCCCAGCUCCCACUCGUCCUUCUCCCAGGGCCCCCGGCUGGGCCCUGCUCAGAACCCUGAGCUCGGGCCCAGCCCCCCUUUGUUGAAACCACCCCUAGAGCUGUGUCCAGAUCCUUGCUUCCCAGAGGGAGCCCUCCUCCCUGGGGCUCGUUAGCGUUCCUCGCAGGAGCAGCACUCACUGUCCCGGGGGACGCGCCCAGGGAUCCUGGUCUGCGGCAGCCCCCGGCAGCCUUCCAGCGAGCCCGACCAGGCCGAGCCCCGGGGGGGUGCGGGCCCUGCGGCGCGGCCGGUGGGUGGGACACGUGCCUUCAGGGGUCCUCUGGGACCACCUUUCUCAAGCCAGCGCAGGGCUCAAAGGGCUGUGGGCUCCGCGCCUCUCCAGGCGGGCGGGAGUGUGUGUGUGCGUGUGUGUGUCUGCUGUGUGUGCCGUGGACAAGACCGUCUACCUCCCAGGAGGGGCAAGGGCCCUGCCCGCCCCUCUUGGCUCAUUCUUAUCUGGGAAGUGGGACACGGGGGUCACUUCUGCCCAGCCCUCCUGCCCCUGCUGCAGGGGCCUCGCUGGCGGGGGUCUCCUGCUGCAGGAGGGGAAAGGCUGGCUGUGUGUCCCGGAAGGUUGCACCUCCGUUCUGUCAGCAGGUCUGCUGGGGGGGGGGGGGGCCUGGAGGCAGGUGCAGAGGUGGGAGGGCCCUCUGACCCCUCAGUCACAGGCAAGAAUGGACAUGCUACGUGCCCGAGGUUCCCAGUGAGUGCAGCCGAGCAGUCCCGCAGCCGGGGAUCUUGUCCCCCGCCCAUGUGGGCUGCCGCCCGCAGGGAACAUCUGUCUGUCUGGGUGGCAGAAGGGGCUGGGCUGCCAAGGCCCACUGCUGCCUCAGUGGAUCUGGACUCUGCCUUCUUGGGGUCCUCGUUCACGCUCCACGUUUAACUUGUUUGAGCAAUAAAGCCUGGCCGUGGUCUGAAUGCU